AUGAAUAAACGUGAACAAACUCAAAGGUUUAAAAUCGAUGUUAAUAAGAAUAAUGAUAUAGCUAAAUAUUAUGAAAUACCAAAAAUCAAGAUACUAUUUCAUAAUGAAGAAUUCUUGGUUAUAGAUAAACCCUAUGAUGUUAGGAUUGAUGGUGAUACGUCGAAAGGACAUACAGUUUUAUCCCUUCUUUAUAAUCAAAUUCCAAAUUUACCAAAACCAUUAAGAAAUGUACAUCAACUUGAUCAUGCAACAUCAGGUUGUUAUUGUUUAGCAUUAACAAAAAAGUCCGCUGGUAUAGCGAGUGUUGCUUUUGCUAAACGUAAAGUUGAUAAGUAUUAUUUAGCUAUCGUCAGAGGUUGGAUGAAAAAUGAUAGUUAUGUGGUUGAACAACCUAUUGCAGAUGUACCAAAUAAUAGAUAUCGAAUGUGUAUUGGUACAGAAGAUAAUCCAGGAAAGUCCUCAAAAACAGAAAUAAAAGUCCUUCGUCGAGGAUAUUUUAAUUCUUCUUUACCGCCAUCCUCAUCAACAACACCGCCACUUUCACCUUCAGAAUAUAUACAAGUAACAUUAAUUAGACUUCACCCUAUAACAGGCAGGAGACAUCAAUUAAGAUUACAUUGUCAAUUUUUAAAUCAUCCUAUUGUAGGCGAUUGGCAUUAUGAAAGACAAAUUAUGGAUUAUACCGAUACUUGGCGUAUGAUGUUACAUGCUCAGAAAUUAGUUAUACCGUUAAAUAAAAAUGAAGAAGUUUUGGAUGUUGAUGCUGGAGAUCCUUUUUCCGAAUUAGUAACUGAAAAUUCUGGAUAUGAUUACGUUGAUGAAGUUCAGCGAGAAAAUAAAUAA